AUGGCCGCGGAUACUGUCGUCCUCACCGAGAAGGAGGUCGAGCGCUUGCAGCUUGGUGGUGCGGAGACUCUCGAGCUGAUCAACCAAGCGCAGGAGAGUGAUGCUGCGGAUCGGCUUUUGACGAUUCGUGCUGCUUUGGCCAAGUACAAGAAAGCCGUCUUCUGGGCCAUGUUCUUGUCCACUAGUCUGAUCAUGGAGGGCUACGAUUUGGUCAUUAUUACCUCCUUCUACGGUCAAGCUCAAUUCCAGGAACGAUUUGGAGUCUUGGACCCGGUCACCAAAACACACUCUAUCACUGCUGCCUGGCAAUCCGGCCUGUCUAACUCUUCCGUCGUCGGGCAGCUGGCCGGUCUCAUCAUCAACAUGUAUGCGCAGGACCGCUUUGGAUGUCGUCCCACUAUGAUGUUUUUCAUGGCGUGGAUGACUGUAAUGAUCUUCAUCCCCGUAUUUGCGCCCUCCCUGCCGGUCCUGGCAUUUGGAGAAGCCAUGUGUGGUGUCUCCUGGGGCGUAUUCCAGAACUGUGUUGUCUGGGCUGCGCAGAUCCUCUGCGGUAACGCAAUUCUGAGCUACUCGGUUACCUUCCUCGAGGCCGCCGGUUUCAGCUCAAUCCAGGCCUUUGACGUGAACAUCGCACUCUCAUCGUGCUAUAUCAUUGGCGGUAUCAUCUAAUUCUCCCAGCAAAAUUAUGUCCCCAAGGAGGCAGAGGCUGGUGUGCAGUCUACUACCCACGUGGAGGAUCUAUAG